UGGUAAUAAAAGAUUUAUGGAAACGGAGACGAGCCAGGAGGCAUAUCAAUCUUUGUCAAUCCCUCGAUUUGGAUCCAGGAUACCAGGCUAUCGGUGCUGGUAUUCAUACUGCUGCCUAUUACUGGUAACAGUCUGGUACCUGGUAGCUGAAUGUCUCCCUAUGAGAUCAAGAUCUCCGCUCUAGCUUGAAGAAGCACCCACUAGUUAGCUAGAGUGCCAGGUACUCGCUCUGUCUUCUCACCUCACAGCUCUCCUGUCUGUUGACACGCUGGCUGUUGCGAAUCAAUCAGCAUGGAUUCGAAAGUGGCGCCCAUUGCCAUUUCGGCGUUGCUGUGUGGUAUCUUUGCAUCGAAUGCGGUUCAUCACACCCCGGAACAACUGUUCCAGUUGCUGAAUGUCAUGGGGCUCAUGAUUUCGGUGAUUCUCUUUGUUGGCAGUGUCACCAGCGACAUUGCCCUUCACAAGCAUCCAAGAAUGGUCUUGGGCACGAAAGCAUACGACCUGCAACCCAUCUUCGCUCCUCGUGUGGAUGGCAUUCUGUUGAAGAUCGCUUCGUGGUUGCUGCGAAAUAGUCUCUUUGGUCACUUGGGCAGGCGCUUCUUGGUAAACCUCAAUGGACCCGAUGAGAUGCGUUGCCUGGCCAAUCAGGCGCUGAAACAGGGAUAUCCCAUUGCCUUUCUCCCGCUACGACGAAACUCACCACUCCAAGUCACCGAUGAAAUGGCCGCUACCGCGACGGAGGCGAUUCAAACAGGGAUUCCAAUAUCCUAUGACACUCAGCAAGUGGUUGGAGUCAUGGACUAUUAUCAGGCAUAUUCCAAGGGAACUGUCACGCCUUCCGAAAUGAUGCUGAGAGUCUUUGACGCCAUGGAGAAGUUCCAGUGUAUGAACAUGUUCAUGGAGUUCAGCCGUGAAAAAGUGCUGGAGCAGGCCGAAGACAGUGACGAAAGGUGGAAAUCAAAGAAACCGUUGAGUGUAUUUGAUGGAGUGCCAGUGGCUGUCAAAGACACUCUGGAUGUCAAAGGUUUCGCCACGUUCGAAGGAAAGCCGCGGGUUGCAUCAGACUCCGCCUCCAAAGAGGACGACAUUAUGGUCCGCCGCCUCCGCGAAGCAGGGGCGACUAUAGUGGCAACUACUGUAAUGACAGAGUUUGGACGUUGUCCCUUGGGAUACAAUUCACACUACAAAGGGCCAUUCAAUCCAUACGACGAACGGUGCUACACCGGCGGAUCGUCCUCUGGUUCGGUCGUUUCUGUAAUGACUGGAGUGGUUCCCAUUGCCAUCAGCUUUGAUGAUGGCGGAUCCAUCAGGCUCCCAGCCGCCUUGUCGGGAGCGUUUGGGUUGGCACCCACAUAUUCGCGGAUCCCAUGCUCCCACGUCGAUUCUUUGGUUUCUGGGAACACACAUGCUGGCGUCAAUACUGCUACAACCACAGACACUGCACUGGCGUAUGCUCUUUUGGCACAAAAUGAAAGCAAACACCACUACGGACAGUGGUACGAUGGAGGCAAAGAAGGACCACCACGUCCCCACCUUUGCAACUUUGCGAACAUCUCCGACCUUUCGGGAGUACGGAUAGGGGUAUUUUGGGAUUACUUCAACGAUUGCGAUGAUGAGAUAAACCAACGGUGCAAGGAGGCGUUGCAACAGCUAGAAAGCCGUGGCGCACGGAUUGUGGAAGUGACAAUACCUCACCUGAAUGCCCUUGAUUUAGCUCACGGUUUCGUGGUCUCUAUGGAACUGUCCUAUAUCACCGAAAGAGAAUACCACACGCGAAGUGACUUGGAACCUGCAACUUUGAUACAGCUUGCCGUUGCCAACAGCAUGUCAGGUGUUGAGUUUCUAGCUGCCAGUCAAUUGCGCGGAUGGGCCAUGGCCUACAUGGAGAAGCUCUUUGCAGAGGAGAUUGACGUAUUUGCCACCCCAGGCAUUCCAGUGACGGCACCUCCCAUUCCAAAAGGGGCGCUUGAUUCUGGAGAGUGCAAUUUCCCGCUCAUGGGGGAGAUCAUGAAGUAUAUGUUCUUGGUAAACCUGACGGGGAUCCCUGGUAUGAUUGUGCCAAUCGGGUACGCUGGAAACAGAAUGCCGACAUCACUGCAGCUCAUGGCUGAUCACUGGAAUGACGCGCUACUGCUGCGGCUCGCUCAUUGCAUAGAAAAGCACAUUUUUCGGCGCCAAGAUCCAAAACACUUCGCCAAGAUCUCUCUUGCCAAAGGCUGAAAUUGGGCAAUAAUAAAUCACCGAGACAAUGCUACCGAAAAAGCAUGGGGAUGGGAAGACCCUUCGAGAUUGCUCGAAAGGGAAUAUGAAAGAUUUACGAGAGAGUGGGAAUUGUGUCCUCGAAUGAUUCCAUCCUUGUGCAUCCCACGAUUUGAGCCAUCUCAAUCUCCACUUUCUAGUUAAUUUCAAUUUUUAA